AUGUACGUGUUGGGGCUGUUCACAGAGCUAGGGCUGCGUCAUCUCAAAGGAGUGACAUGUGGACUGUGUCUGCUGUUGUUCCUGAAGGCGAGCAGAGGUCAGGAUGACCACCAUGUACUUCGACUACACAGUGACCUCAUCAAAAACAUCAACCCAAAGGCUAGACCAGUCAAGAACAGCAGUGACACAAUCACGGUCUCUUUAGAAUUUCACCUUCUCAGCAUGUCUAAUUUUGAUGAAGUUACUCAGACAGUGACAGCUAACGGGUUUUUCUUAGUUUCCUGGAAAGAUGAGUUUCUAACCUGGAACACCAGUGAGUAUGGAGGAAUCAGUGAAAUAAGUCCUGACUAUGGGAAGGUUUGGAGACCUUACAUCACUGUUCGCAACGUGGUGGAUCGUAUUCAGCCUCUGGGACUCGACUUUGGGGUCAUGAAAGUGACAUCCCAAGGAAUUGUGACUUGGGCACCUGGCGAUACCUUCAAGACUUUCUGCCAAAUGGAUGUUACCAACUUUCCUUUGGAUGAACAGGAGUGUGAAUAUAUUACGUUUGAGUGGGGAAGUGAUUUGAAAGAAGUUGAUUUAAGAUCGACUAACAACUCUAUUGGAUUAGGUUUGUUCAACUCUAACAGCCAAUGGGAUAUUACCAACACAUCUGCUUCAAGAGCUGUCUUUGAAAACGGUGGCAGAUAUUUUCCUUUUGUAACAUACCAAAUGAUCUUAAAGAGAAAGCCAUCUCUGGCGAUUCUGACAACUCUCCUGCCUGUCCUGGUGCUGGGAUUAGUGAAUGUGGUGGUGUUCCUCAUUCCUGUGGAGUCUGGCGAGAAGUUGUCCUUUGCCAUCACAGUGUUGCUGUCUUUCACUGUAUCCCUGUCCUUCGUCACUGGACUGCUACCACAGAAUGGUGACUCGUUACCUAUGUUUACUAUCUUUCUUGUUGGUCUGUUUAUUAUGAGCUCUCUCUAUGUGUUCCUGACCAUCUGGAUCGUGCAAGUGUUCCAUCGUGACGCAGCCAUCAGACCUGUUCCGUCGUGGAUGGGACGUAUGACAAGGUCCUGGGAGAAAUGUAUCUUUGGCACUCCUGCUGUUGGUACGGAGAUCCUGUCACUGGAAAAGAAGUCGAAUGAAUCAUUGAAUCCACCACCAAUGACCUGGAAGCGACCCAGAAUAGUGAAUAGGACUUCUCCCAUCCCACUUAGAACUUUCCAGAGAAUUUGGAGACGCCGAAACAACAGCCUUCUGCAUUACCCGGAGUGUCCGAAGGGCUGGGCUCCCUGUGGAGAACCUGGACACACUCCUGUUCUGCGCCAAGAGAUCAGGAGGAACCAAAUCAAGGGCACCGAGAACAAUCGGGAGCCGGACGACAGUGUGAUAUCUUUGUCUUUCCACCUGAAUCGGUAUUUUGACUACUUCAGUUUGAUCAAAGAUAUGGAAUGUUAG